GGAAAGCAUGCUUGUCUGUGCUGUUUCCACUAGAAAAACGCAAUACGUAUUCUUUUUUGACAAUGGCGAAUACUUUAUUGACAAUGAAGCCGAAACUCGCGAACCCCUACAAAAUGUGUUUGUUGCUCUUUUUAAACAGAACAAUAUAAAAGUCAUUUUGACUUCUACAACGAAGUUUCAGCUGGAAAGUUUGCGGCGUAUCUAUCACGUGUGUGAGCUGCAACCGCUAAAGCCGACAUAGACGACGGAGUUACUAAGAGCCGAAGCGCCGGAGGUGGACUACGGCGAAAACUGGGACCCUAUUGUCGAACUUAGUGAAAGGUUGACGCUUCUGAUUCUCAUGAUAACGUCCGAGCUUCGGAAUGAAGGGGCAUGUUGACGCCGAAGGACAUGGCGCAACUGCUAGCGGAAUACAGACUGAAGGUCCAUAGUCGAGAGUUUUAUCCGGGGAAAGACAGAGUUGCUGACGUUUACCGGCUGUUCAUCGAUCGCCUGAGCCCCGUGCUGCAGAGACGGUUCUCAGAAUUGGAUUUUAUUCCUGGCUCGUUUACAGCAGAAGAGGCCAGAUCGCUCCUCGAUUACCCGACUAAAGCGGUGGUGAAGGACCAAGUGCUGGUCCAUGAACUUAGGCGUCACUUCCUUACCUAUGACCCCGCGAAUAGGCGCUUCAAUAUACAGGGAAUCUUGCGGGAGUGUCUCAAAACGUUUUUUGCUUUGCGGCACAUUCCAGAAAGCCGCAAGCGUUUCUGCCAAACGUUCACCGAGGUAAUGACGAGCAUAUCUCGACGUUAUACGUCACAGGAGUAUGCGAGCGCCUUGGCGGACUUUGCGUUUGAGCAGCCGAACCUGCAGAAGCUGUUGCUGGAGAAACGUACACGACACAGGACACUUACACGUUCUUUAUUCGGAUGGCAACUGAGUCCACAGAGUUUAUUGAGCAAUAUCUCGCAGAUAAAGCAAUAA